AUUGAAUGUCAUGCAAUGCGACAAAAUCCAUCGAUCAUAACAGUCUGUCUCACCCACAUAAAUUGAUCCCAGGUACAUGACAUGAGUGUACAACCAUGCAGUCACAUCUAGCUACUCAUCAGGUCAUCUAACUGAGACAGUCACAUCGAUCUGCCGGGUAAAUCUUGAGUUCCAUUUAUGUGAUACGUGUCUACACAUUCAGAGACAGAGACAGAUAUCAGCCGUAAGCCACCACGUGCAGCAAACACCAACAGAACCACCGACCGCUCAGCCGAUAGGUGCAGUCAGUCAGUCAGUCAUUCGCGCAGGCAGAGGGCGAGAGAGAGGCCAAACAGACAGACAGACAUACAGACAGACAUGGCAGCCAGCCACUGAUGAAUGCACACACGCAUAUCGAGUGGCAGAUAGACAGAGUCUAACCAGUCAGAAAACCCACGCGCACCAUUGCAGCCGUCUAUGCGACCAGCAGUGCCCCUCUCACUCUCACCGCCGCCGCCCAGCCUAACACACACAUGGAACGACAGACAUCAUUGGGGUCGUCGUGUGUGUGCGCAUCUUCUGCUCGUCUCAGUCGUGUUUGUUGCGGACACACCUCAGGUGUCUAUUGAUCGAAGAUCCUGGCUGAGAUGACGGCCCCCAGCACCGAUCGCACCAGCCGAGUGGUCACUGGGAAGCGGUCCUUGAAGGCACCCACACCAGACACAGCCGGCUCGGCCGUGCGGACCUGGACAAGAACUGCAAAGCAAUCACAGGAGAGGACAGUAGAUGAGAGUGAGUGCUGUGUGUGUGUGUCCUUUUCACCCUCCGUCCCCUCUUGGUGUGCCCUGGUGGGCUGACCGGUGUUCAUGUAGGGGCUCUCCAUGAUGUGGAUCCAUGCGACGAACAACUGGCCGGCGUCUGUCAGGACGAGACGAUGAGAAGUGAAGCCGGCAGCGAAGCGGUAUGAUGCCGUAGUUGUGCAUCCUUCCACUGGUGUGUGGGGGGAAUGCGUCAUGAGGUUGAGCAGCCGGUUGUUGUCAACAAGCCUGACCGAUGAAUGACACACAUAUAACGCACACUCAUAUGUCGUGGCAAUGCCCACACAGAGUGAUGCCCCGCCUCACCUGUCGAUACGUGUACGGCCAGUGCUGUUGAGCUGGUGAGUGCCUCUGAAGUGGUUGAGGACGUUUCUCUUGACCAACGACGACACGGACGAGUAGUCGUAAGGACCCAGCGGCAGCAGCCGCCAGCCCGUGAGCAGCCGGUAGUCGAUCCUGCUGCGGACGGGCGGGUCAUGCGGCUGUCGGUCCUGCUGAUAGAGGUGGGCGGCAUAGAGGGGCGGGCUGAUGUCGAUCUCGAAGCCGUCCUGAUCCUUGACGGCCCGCAGUGUGUCGCCGUGGUGGAACAGCUGGAAGGUCACGCCGCCGCCGAAGUCGAUGUGGGGGCCGACCAUCUUGAGCUGAGCCAACACACGGGGAGCGGCCAAAUACGCCUGCACACACAACACACCACACACCGAUUGAGGCCACCCUCCCUCCCUCCCUCCCUCGGUUGGCUUACCGUCUUGUUUGGGUAUUGGUGCAGAUCAGCGGCAGUGAGCCUCACAGGCAGCUGGCAGUUGCCGCACUGCCCCGCCAGCUCGACCGCCUCGCUCAUCUCACUCCAGCCGCCCGCCUCCGCCACACACAGCGCCGCCAGCAGGUCACCCACACCCAUCUGCUGCUGGUCGAAGGUCAGCAGCUGCUGUCCGUUGGCCGUCCGCCGCAGCCCCGCCUGUGUGCUGAGCGAAUGGCUGAGCCGCUGCCGAAGCUGAGGCGCUUUGAAGAGCUCUCUGAGCCAGCGGCAUGUGGCCCUCAGCUUCAGGAUGUCAUCGAGGCUGAGAAGGUAGAAGCUGCGGCGGCCGACGAAGAUGUACUCGAUGGGAUGCUGCUGCUGGUUGGGCUGCUGUUGCUGUGUGUCCUGCAUCGAGGCUGUCAGGUCUGCAGAGAGGCAGAUUGGCGAGAGAGAGAGAGGGCGGGCGGGGAAGGCGAUGCCUCAAAGACGAGAUGCCGGGCAACCAAAGAAGCAGAAGAUGGGAGUGGGCAUUCCUAGGGCAUGUGUCCUUGGCUACCUCGCUGAUCAUCUACGACUGCGCAAGGCUGCUCGAAGGGUUUCUGGGGUUGCAGGGUAUGAAACCCAGA